UUAUCAACUGAUAGAUGCACAUUCGAUUCGACGGAAAUUGUGCAGUUUUUCCGUUUAUUUGUCUUCUAGUUUACUUUUGCAUUAAAAUAAUAUUGUAACAGCUGGGAAACGACGCGACUUGGAAUGAUAAAAAAGUUUUUUUUUCACGCAUUAUCACUUGAAGAAACGAGUUCGCGAAGGAAUGAUGUUUCAAAUGAGCAAAAUUUCGGUGAAAAAUUACCAAAUAAUUUUGUUUGUCGUCGCGUUUGGCAUAUCAGUUGCGAUAAAGAUAAUUCAGAUAGUGAUUACAGACAUGAAUGCCUUUCAAUCGUCGUACUACGAUGUCAUGGAUUACAGUAGCAUCAAAUUACAGUCGAAUGUCCUGCUUGACACACGUGCCGCUGAUUACGCCACGAAGGAGGUAAAAGUUCUGUGUUGGAUUGAGACAUACCCGAAAAAUUUCCGUGAAAAGGCAAUUCAUAUCCAACGCACGUGGGGCAAACGCUGUGACAAGACGAUAUAUGUGACCACCCAGGUGGAAAAUGACGUCGUCGCAGGCACCGUAGAAGACGCCGAAGUGUUGCCGCUGAAUAUCACGGAGGGCUAUGAAUAUUUAUGGACCAAGACAACGCAUGCCUUGCGUGUUAUUCAUGACCGUUACAUCGACAACUUUGACUGGUUCUUCAAAGCAGACGACGAUACCUUCGUCAUUGUCGAAAACUUGCGUCAUUUUUUGCUGCCCCAUUCCCCGACGAAACUCCUCGUCUUCGGAUGUCUUCUCAAAAAUCCGAAUGAAAAUGUUUUUUAUCAUUCCGGUGGUUCGGGUUACGUCAUGUCACGUGCCGCCUUGCGUACGUUGCGCAUCGAUGGAUUUACGAAUCCCGAAAUUUGUCCUCCAGCCGACGAAUUGAAGCCGGAAGAUGUCGCUCUGGGCAUUUGUUUUCGCAAUUUAGGGGUGCAAAUGGAAGAUACGAGAGAUGAUCGGGGUCGCUUGAGAUUUGCCGUUGAACGACCGGAAUUUCAUCUUACUACAGAUCAACAUGAGAGUUUUUGGUUUUACGAGAGGUCGUUUCAAUAUGUUGGACUCGGAUUUGAAUGUUGCUCACAUCGACCGGUGACGUUUCAUUAUGUGACGCCGGAGAGAAUGUAUUUGUUCGAUGCCUUGUUGUAUCGCGUGUUUCCUUACGGCGUUCGAUACGAGGAAAAUCAUUUAAAUAAAACGGAUAAUUUGAUGAAAAAUAAAUAAACAGUAGAAAAUUUAUGUCAACAGGUUUGCUCUAGAGACACGAAAAAAUAUGCGAAAUUGAAAUAAAUAAGAAGCAAUUUGGAUGCAAAUAAUUCGUAAUGAAAUUGUGGUAAGAUCAAACAAUUUUUUUUGUCAUUAAAAUAUUGAAAAAAAUACGAAAUUCUUUAAAGAUUUUUUCCAUUUUCUUUCAAGUUUGAAAUAAUUUUUUUAAAGAAUUUG